AUGCAUAUUUGUAUGCCUUUUUUAUAUAAUGUUUUUCAUUGCAAAAGUGCUCCUGCUCCUGCUCCUGCUACUGCUCCUGCUGCUACUCCUGCUCCUGUGACUGCUGCUGAUGCUCCUGCUCUUGCUACUGCUGCUCCUGAUGCUCUUUCUACUUCUGCUCCUGCUUCUGCUCUUGCUACUGCUCCUGUUCCUGCUACUGCAAAUGCUCCUGCUCUUGAUACUACUGCUACUGCUUUUGUUCCUGCUCAUGCUACUGCUACUGCUUCUGCUCUGCAACUGCUCCUAUUCCCGCUGCUGCUCCUACUGUUCUGCUUUUCCUGCAAAAGUGCUCCUGCUCCUGCUACUGCUACUGCUACUACUCCUGCUCCUGCGACUGCUGCUGAUGCUCCUGCUUCUGCUCUUGCUACUGCUGCUCCUGCUGCUAUUUCUACUUCUGCUCCUGCUUCUGCUCCUAUUCCUGCUACUGCUAAUGCUCCUGCUCCUGCUCCAGAUACUGAUACUGAUACUGCUACUGCUUUUGCCCCUGCUCAUGCUACUGCUCCUGCUAUUGCUCCUAAUCCUGCUGCUGCUACUGCUGCUGCUACUGCUCCUGCUCCUGUUACUGCUUCUGCUACUGUUACUGUUCCUGCUACUGCCCAUGGUCUUGCUACUGCUGCUGCUGCAGCUGUUCCUGCUGCUCAUGCUCCUACUUCUGCUACUGCUACUCUCACACGUCCGGCAUCCAAGCUCUGGGAAUCAGAAGAUUCUGAUUUGCCAGAUCCUGAUGAAGAAAUAUCAACAGUGACCCCUCAGAAAGACGACAAGCAAGACAAAACAGCUAGUGACACCUCACAUAUACAAGCCGGUAAUCUACGGCGAAACAGUAAUGCUGAGGAAACAACGUCAUGUAUUACUUCUACAGUUGCAUGCGGCACUGACGAUUAUGUUGGCUAUGAAACGUUUCAAACUGAUGAUACACACCUUGAUUCUGGCGUAGCAGCGGAUAAUGUUUCAGAAGAAGGGGGCUCGAGCACAUUGUCUGGUAGUGACCCAAUUGAAUUCAUGGUAGAAGUAUAUCUGCCAUGUAUGAAACACAUCAUAAACGUCAAGGAUAUUAUAACAAUCCUUCAUUUCGUGAGCAAACGGGAUAAUGAUUUAAUUCUUAGUAAACAUAAGUUCUGCGCCUCCGACGCAUUUGAGCUUCUAAUUGAAGUUAUCAGGAAGAGUGACGUUGACGGAAAGUGGCAGACAUUUCUUGAUGCACUCCGGCAAAAAGAUUACGAACAUAUCACACAGCUUCUUGAAAACAAAACGGAGCUACAUCAUCAACACAGCAGCGAUAUUUUAAAACUUAUUGCCCCGGAGUUGGAAAAAAGAAUGGACGUUCCAAGUUUUCUUGAUGAUACAUUUGAAAGAGAAUUGCUGACAGAGGAAGAUAAGGCUGAAGCCGAAGUGCAACUCAGAGAACAUGGUGAAUAUGAAGCCGCCAAAGUCAUCAUAGAAAGGCUCGGUAAACACAAAAAGGACUGGAAUACAGUCCUUAUAGAAAUCCUAGAGAAAGAUCAGCACGGCUUAUCAGAUCUGGCAGAGUGUUUCAAAAUGAUUGAGCAAAAGGAACCAGAGAUGUCUCCAGAAGGUGCAACAGAUAUAUCGAAAACAAAAAGAACUGACCGGAUAAAGCAAAGGAAGUGGCGAGUUAAAAAUCUCCAAAACGUUGAAUCGCAUGCAAGUCUCGAAAAGCCGUUGGAGAAACUACAUGAAGAAUUUGCAAUUGGAAAUAGAGACGAAGCAGCUAAUAGCGUAAGUGACGGCAAUGGACCACCAACAAGAAAGGAUAUGAAGAGAGUUGCAUCAGAAUUUAGGAAAAUGCGUAAAGUAUUGGAAAAACCUAUCACUAAACCAUAA